CCUCUGUAUGUUUUGUUCCCUUCAUGGUUUCUCAUGUGCUCCUCCCCCUCGUUACCUCACCUGGCCUCCUCCCGCCUCUCUCCUCACCUGUUCCUCGUCAUGUCAUUAGUGUCUGUGUAUUUAGUCUCUGUGUUCCCUUCACUCCCUGUCCGGUCAUUGGUUGUCUUUGCCUGUUCAUGCGCUUCAUGUCCCCAUGACUCUGAAAUACUUUGAGGAGUUUUCUUUUCGGCCGGAUGAUAUCAUCAUCGCAGCAUACCCCAAGUCAGGUACCACAUGGUCACAAGAGAUUGUCCCUCUGAUAGUCAAUGGAGGAGAUCCGACCUGUCUCCAGUCUCCUAACUGGGAUCGUGCUCCGUGGCUGGAGGAUCUCCUAACCUGUUCCCUAAACAUUGAAGAGAGGCCAUCUCCACGAAUGUUUGCUACACAUCUACAGUACAACAUGAUGCCACCAUCUUUCUUCAAAGUGAAGCCAAGGGUCAUCAAUGUCAUGAGAAACCCCAAAGAUGUGUUCACAUCUGCCAUUCACUAUUGUGAGAAGGCCUCCUAUCAUGUCAACCCAGGUCCACAGACCAAGUUUCUACACAAGUUCCUUGAUGGAAAAGUUGCCUAUGGCUCAUGGUUUGAUCAUGUGAAGAGCUGGCUGAAUGCUGAGGAUAAAGAGCAUAUAAUGCACAUCUCCUAUGAGGAGAUGAUAAUGGACCUGAAGGACUCUGUGUCCAGAAUGGCUCAGUUCUUGGAGAUACCUUUGGACAAUGAGGUGAUCGAGAAGAUAGCAGACCGAUGUCUUUUCAAGAACAUGAAGACGAACAGCUCAAACUUCUCUUUGGUUCCUCCUAAAAUUACUGACAUGUCUAAGUCUGAAUUUAUGAGGAAAGGAAUUGCCGGAGAUUGGAAAAACCAACUAACCGUGGCAGAAGCAGAGUACUUUGAUGCAGUUUACAAAGACCAAAUGAAUGACAUCAAACACAAAUUUGUAUGGGAUUAAGACACAACCCAUGAAUGUCAUUCCACCAUAAAAUGUUGCACAGAAACCUGUAAAGAUGAUCCAGUUGGUUGUUGUUCACUGAGAUGUUCUGUCUGGUUCUUGAGGUUUGUGGAAGCAGAAGAUGAUCUGAAUACUAAUAAUGAAAACCAACCAACCAACCAACCAUUAAAACCAACAAACUUC